CCUCUCGGAGCCCCUCCGUUACGGCGGAGUCGGCGCCAUUCGCGGAGUAUCAGGAGUGGCCCUUUCGAGGGUACCUAAAACGCACCAAGAUUGGGGACAAGACGAUAUACAGUCUCGAGUUCCAGCUGCCGCAUGUCCAGGAGCACGAGCACCUCCACUCCGAAGCCUUGGGCAUGCGUUCUGACAAGGAGACGGCCGCAGAGGCUGCAACCCCUCACGACGCCAGCGCACCUUCCAGGAUGCAUCCCGCCACCGUUCGUCCUCGGAUAAAGCGUCUUCGGUGGACAGAUGAAGAGGAUGCGACGGUGCUCAAGAUGAAGGACGAGGAUGGCUGCUCGUGGGAAGAGAUCUCCUCCCCCACCGGACCCCAGAGGCGAUCCAGCAGCACUACUAUGCGAUCCGAGCGGGUGUUGAUGAAGCCGAUGUCUUGGAUGGCCAGCAGCAGAAGAGACGGCGAGGCCGGCCCCGGAAGCAAACUUGAGGCUGGCUGUGAAGUUGUAGGAAGGGCAUGAGAUUUUCAGAGGU